GUUCAACAAGCAUUCUGACUUCGGACCGGUGGCGGUGGCGGUGGCACUGGCAGUAGCAGUAGCAACAGCGGCGCUAGCAGCGGUAGCAGCAGUACCAGUGAUGGCGCUGGUGCUGGUGCAGCGGGUGCAUCAGCCGCAGCAGGAGAGCGUUCCCGCGGUGAUAAGGAUGGCCAGGUGUCCUCGCGAGGAGGCGAAGGGGGAGAGCAGCAGGGGAGCAACGGGAAGGGCAAGAGCGAGGCAGCGCAGACACAGCUAGACGAGGACGAUAUCCCCCUGCUGAUGCCGUUCAAAGGAAUAUUCAAGAGCAAGGACCUAGACGAGGAGAUCAAAGAGGAGGAGGAGGAGGAGAGGAAGAAGGCGGUGGGGAAGAAGGAGGGGGGAGAGAGGGGGUCUGAGAGGAAGCGGCAGGUGGGGAGGCGGGAGUUUAGAAGCGACGACUGGAGCCACUUGGGGGAACACAAGAUGGGGUUGUCGGCUGGUGAAGGCGGCGCUGCUGCUGCUGCUGCUAACACAGCUGGUGGUGGUGCUGCCGCUGGUGCUGGUGGUGAGGGCAGCGUCAGGGGUGGUGCUGCUGACAGAGACAGUGGUAGUGCUAGUAACCAAGCCAGCCAUUCCCUGUCAACUGCCUCUUAUGGCGCUUCACAGGCCACCCAAGGGACCACGGCUGCCACUGGGGAGGGGGAGCACGGGGCUGCUAAGCCAAGCGUGACUAAAACGAACAAGACAGCAGCGGGCGGCGAAAAGGGCGGCGAUGUCGGGGAGCUGGUGGAGCGAAUCCUCGACAGGCUGGGCGAUAUGGAGGACGAGGGAGGCAAGUUCAACAAAACCCUCGAAAAGCAGGAGGCAGUGCUAGAGACAGUAGCCCGGGUGGGGAAGCACCACGUGCUCGAGGAAGUGAAGGAGAGGGAGGAGCGGGAGGAGCAGGAGGACCGGCAGGUAUUGGAGGAGGCAGAGAGGGAGGAGGCAGAGGAGAAAAUGAAGCAGCUGGAAGAGGUGGCGCUGGCUAUGGCUGCUGCUGAGGCUGAGAAGAAGCAGAAGAAGAAGGGAGUGGCGGCGGUAGCGGCGGUGGUGAGCCAGGGCGUGAAGGCGAGUGAGGUAUCGCUGUUUGACUUGGUGUUCGGGCGGGAGAGCGGGAAACAGCUUCCCCCAGUUGCGCCUGCCCCUCGGCCCCGUGUGAAGAAUCUCACCCGGUUGGCAGCAGCCAAGAAGCGGUUUGCUGAGAGGGCUGGGAGGGGGGCGAGGGAGAAGGAGAGGGUGGACGAUGGGGAGAACGACGUUCCUAGACUGAUAGACUCGCAGGACAAUGAGUACGUUAUAAGCAGCCCCGGUAAGGGGUCGAAGAUGCAGCUGCAGGAGGACUUCAUGCUUAUAUCGGAUGUGGUGAAGGUGAUUGUGGCGGCUGCGCUGGGAGGGCUGGCGUGCAGGCUCAUGGGGCAGCCGAUCAUCCUGGGGUACAUUGUUGCUGGGAUGAUCAUCGGACCUGGGGGAUUCGGCCUCAUUCACGAGCUUGUGCAGGUGGAAACCCUAGCGCAGUGCGGAGUGAUCUUUCUUCUCUUCGCCAUCGGGGUGGAAUUGAGCCUGGUGCGCAUGCAAGGCAUGCAUGCAGUGGCGCUGGCCGGGGACAUCAUCUUAAGCAGCAACACGAGUUCACCCCCGCCUCCUCCCUUUCUUACCCCCUUCAAACCUCAGCCUACACUACAAAAAAGGCUGAAAAGAUCAGACUAAGCUAUAAAAAAAAGUCUGAAAUUGACAGCCUUACCUACCUUAUUCUCCCGGAUACAGUAAUGCCGGAAUUAAGCUCCCAUGGGGGGCUUGAGCGGGUAUGGGUGUUUAAUUAAACUGGAUCUAGUUACUGUCAAACAUGUGUAUAUCUUAUGUUUGCAUAGACUGUAAAGGGUCACCUCUUAGAGGGUACAACACUUAGGUAU